CUUGUUUCCCUCCUUGACAACGGCUGGGAGGCGGCGGCUGAGGCGGCGCUGGGGCCCCGGCGGCGGGAGCAGCAGUGUCCCCUGGGGGGGACCAUUUUCUCCUGCCUCCUUAGCCUUCCCGGCUCGCCCUAAUUGCUACCAUUAGCGCCUCCCCUGGAGCACUCCUCUUUCCCCAGCUGCUCACAGUGGAAGGAUCAUGGGAGAAGAAGGCAAGAAAGAUGAACCAGAUUAUAAGAGGCUGCAAACCUUUCCUCUGGUCAGACACUCAGACAUGCCAGAAGAGAUGAGAGUGGAGACCAUGGAGUUAUGUGUCACCGCCUGUGAGAAGUACUCCAACAACAAUGAGAGCGCUGCCAAGAUGAUCAAAGAGACCAUGGACAAGAAGUUUGGCUCCUCCUGGCAUGUGGUGAUUGGCGAAGGCUUUGGCUUUGAGAUCACCCACGAGGUGAAGAAUCUGCUGUACCUGUACUUUGGGGGCACCCUGGCCGUGUGCGUCUGGAAGUGCUCCUGACACAGGCCCCACCCCACCCCCCACGUCCUGCCCUGUCCCUAUGGCUUCCACUGGGUGGGGCAACCUCAGGCAGGCCCUGGCUUUGGAAGGGAAAUGUGGGGUCUUCUUUUUUCUGUGUGUGUGUGUGUGUUCAUGCGCAUGUGCCCAUCUGUGUGCAUGUGCUUACGUGUAUGUGUGUGUGUGUGUGUCCUUGUGUCUGCCGUCUCACUCCAAGAGUUGGGAUGUGGGGGCAACAGGCUCGAGGGCAGUCGGGGAGGGGAGACUUUCCUCUUGGAAAGAUUCCCCCAAUCGGAGCCUGAGCCAGUCACGAAGGGAGGAGGGCCUGGGGCUGCCCCUGGCUCCUCGGAGCUUCCCUUCCCACAGCCUUUCAAGAGGCCACCCUGCCUGCUGGGGAAGGAGCUCUUACUUCCUCCUCUUCACUGGCCAGAUUCAAGUGGCUCAAAGACCGAACCUCUCCUCAGGGGGACUAGUGAUUGCUGCCCUUUCUUGGCUCCCCAAGAAGUGGGGAAAUAGCAGGACCUCCCCACUUGGCCUCCUAGUUUACUCACCCACUGCAUCUUAAGUAGACUGACAGUGGAAGCAGCCACCCCCUCUGGGGGCCUUUCCCCCCUCUUCUCCUCACCUCUCUCCAUGAGGCCAGUUCUGCCUUUUUACACCUCCAUAGCUACUGGCAGGGGGGCUGGAAACCCUCCAAGUCACGGAAGGGGCACCAGGUUUGGGGGUGUCAGCGGCCCCCAAGGCUGCUAGCUACUUAGUCAUCAGGGACCCUGUAUAUUUGUACGACCUAUUUCUCUGUCUUGGGUUUUCUAUGUGAUUUUUGAGUGUGGGUUGGAGAGGGCAUUUAGUAGAAAGAAGAACUAACUGUAUUUUACACAACAGUCUUAUUUAUAUGAAUGUUUUUGGGUUUUAUGAUUAAAGUUACCAGAAACAGA